AUGAAGGAGGCAAUCGUUCACCCAGACGGUAAGGUAGAGAUUACCGAGUCUCCUAUCCCAUCUCCAGGGCCGGACCAAGUUGUCAUCAAAGUGAUCUAUUCCGGUUCCAAUCCCAAAGACUGGAAAUUGCCUAAAUGGGGAGGCCAGGCUCAUAACAGCGGUGAUGACGUUGCUGGAACUAUUCACGCUGUCGGCUCUAAUGUUUAUGAGUUCAAACUUGGAGAUAGGGUCGCAGCUUUCCAUCAAAUGAAAGAAGCUCACGGCGGUUUCGCCGAGUACGCAGUCGCAUGGAGCCAUACUACUUUUCCCAUCCCAAAGAAGACCAGCUUUGAAGAAGCUUCCACCAUACCUCUGGCUGUGAUGACAGCCGCACACGCCCUUUAUUAUCGACUGCGAUUGCCAACGCCAUGGGAACCCACAAUGACCCCUUCCCCUUUGCUUAUCUACGGUGGAUCGACAGCUGUCGGCGCCUUCGCUAUAAAGUUAGCCUCUCUGGCCAAUAUCCAUCCCAUCAUAAGUGUCGCUGGGGCUGGAGCUGCUUAUGUCGAGACUAUCAUCGACCGCACGAAGGGUGACAAGAUAAUCGACUACAGAGCAGGCGAUGCGAAGUUGGUGGAGCGCCUGAAGAAAGCCCUGGGAGGGAAGAAGCUAGAGUAUGCAUUCGAUGCUGUGAGCGAAAAAGGAAGUUACCAGAACAUUGUUGAAGUUCUGGAGCCGAACGGGAAUCUGACUCUAGUCUUACCGCCCAGUCAACGGGAACAAAUCCCCGCUUCGGUGAACUUAUCUCAGGCCAUGGUCGGACUUGUACACCGAGCUGUUGAUCCGGAGAGUGUUGAAGGUAAAGCAGGUAUAAAGACUGGAGUGAAGGACUUUGGUUUCAUGCUCUACAGGUUGAUUGGGCGUGGGCUGCAAGAGGGUUGGUUUUCAGGUCACCCGUACCAAAGAGUACCGGGAGGUUUAUAUGGACUUGAGAGCGGCCUUCAGGACCUCAAAGAUGGGAAGGCCAGCGCCUUCAAGUACAUAUAUCAUAUUCCUGAUACUACUGGUGUUGGCGCAGUAUAA